CCGCGCCCCUCGCGGCCCGGUCUUGCUUCCACUUUCAGUUCUUCUUGGUCCUCGCCUGGCAACUUCUGGAAGCGACCCGCGCCUGAAAGCAGGCUGGCACAGUCCUCAGCCCCGGGUCCGAGGCUCAGCGCCCAAAUGCCGGGGUGGGGGUGGCGGUGGCGGUGGCUGGUGAGGGGGCGUGUCUUCAGGAGCGGAAAUGUCAGGCUGGCUCCUCUGGGUCCUAGGACCUGUUUGUCCCUAACAGUUGGAGAUAAGGGGAGGUUCUUAGGGGCUCAAAGGAGGUGGAGGCGGGUCUUUUUAUAUUUGACCUUGUCCCGCGUACCAGGCUAGAACCUGAGUUCGAACUGGAAUUGUAUCUCAGCCAGGCCCGGGAGGGGCAGGUGUGUCCCAGGCAGGGGACUAGGUAUUAGAAACAGGCUGGGUCGGUAAACCUUUGCUCUUCAUCUGGGAAGAUUAGAUGCUCAGUCAUGGAGUGAGCAAACCACUGGCCACCCACCCAGUAAUUAAAGUGGAGGGUCCACGGGGAGAGGGCACAGAGGCUCUGUAAGAAACAGUCAGUGAUGGCAUGAGGCUGGGGAGAGCAGCAAUAACAGACAUAGCUAGGAGGGGACGUCCCCCUGAGCUUACCUCCUGUACUCCAAGUUCACUCUUCCUAGGAAAAGUCCUAGGCCUUAAAGUUCUACAGCAGGGAGGUGGGGCCGCUCUACUCCCUUCCCCUCCUCUUCUGUACACCAGGCCAAUGGCCAGACAGAGCAAGCAAGGGGUCCUUUGUACCUUAUCAUAGGCUAAGUCCCUCUUUAUCCCAGUCCCCUACUUCUUAUAACUUUCUUUGUAAAGUCAGGCUCCUCAAAUCCUGAUUCUGGGCUUCAGUUUCCCCUUCUGUAGGUUGGGCCACUUGAUUUCUCAGAGCUGUUUCAACUUGAAGACUUGUAUUCCUAUAUGUGUAUGUGUCUGGUAUUGUGGGUAAGUGAAGGUGGGUGUGCAGGUAUGGAGGUUGACAUCAGGUAUCUUACUCUCCACUUCAUUUAUUGAGGCAAGGUCUAUUUUUAAAAUAAUUACAUUUAUUUAUAUGUAUGCAUAAAUAUUCGGUACACACACACACACACACUCAUGUAUGUACCACAAUGUACAUGUGGUAGUUAAAGACAGUGUGUGGGAGUUCUCUCCUUCUACCAUGGGGGUCCCUCAGGCCAGUAAGUUUACCCAUUGAGACAUCUCACCAGCCCAAAGCAGAUCUUUCUGAACCUGGGGUUUCCAGGGGUUCCCUGCCUCUAUCUCUUAAGUUCUAGGGUUACAGAAGGCUGCCAGGUCUUGUCAGGUUUUUCAUGGCUUCUGGAGAUCAAAACUGGUCCUCAUGAUUGCACUACAAGCUCUUUACCCACUGAACCGUCUCCCCAGCCACUCUAAGACUCUUGAGUCUAAGCUUUCCCUAAAGCCCAGCCACCAAUGUUAUGCCAGCCUGACUUUAUCUAGAGGGCGAGGGACAGAAAUGGUCAAAGAGUGGUCACCAUACAAGGUUGUGAUCUGGAGGAGGCUGCUGAAGGAGGUAGCAUUCGGUAGGAUGGAAUGAGAAAUCAGGAAUCUAUCAGCAAAAGACACCCAUGCAGGAGAGUAAGGGCAUCAAGGAGAAGCCCAGGGUGGCUGCUGGUGAGAGGUGGUGUGGGGAAGUUAGGGUGUGGAGUUGAAAAGUAGAGUGAGAGUCUGUAACAGUCCCUAAUGGGUGACCAUACCAAGGUGGAGGACCCAAAACCCCACCGAUUGCAUGAGUGAUUUUGGAAACUCUGCACCAGGCAGAGCUUACAAGGGAGACAGCAACUGAAGUGUGCAGAGCUCUCCAUUCGGGAGGUUCAGGUCCCAGCCUACUAUUCCUUUGGGAAGAAGCUGGGUGGUGGACAGAAUAAAUGAGAGGACCUUCAGGUUCUCUCAAGAGGUCAGGAACUCUCUCUCCCCUCCAAACCACUCUGGCUUUUCCUGAUUGAUCCAUUCUGCUAUGAGAAGGAGAAACUGUUCUAAACAUUUCUGUAAGUUUGAUUUGUUGCCAGAAGUAACAUCUGUCUGAGUUCUGUGCCUUUGGUUACACUAACCAACCUAAUCCCCACCCUCUAUAUCCCCAUUCUGCCACAGCAGUUAUCAAAGAUGUGAGAAAGGAAGCUGCUUCAAAGUCAAGCCAGUCUGAGGUGAAGGAUGAGCUUUGUCUGUUGCUGUCUCAGGCCUCAUUCAGUGUGGAGCUAGGGCUUAGACUAACCAAGGUUGAGGACAAGUCAGAGUCAACAUGGAGCCCGAGCUCAGUGCUUAGCUUAUACAGCCUAGUGGUCAGGGUCCAUGGUCAGGGUCUGUGCUCGGUUUAUGGCUGUUCCAGUCUUGGCAGUUGCCUGGAUCUGCAAUUCCAUAUAGUCAUGUACAUUGGUAGGGGAGAUGAAAUGCCUAAGAUACUCAGAAACCUGGCUAUAUCAGGGUGUUCAAGGAUUUACAAGGACUAAAUCAGUGGUGAUGUAAGCAAGUCAGUUUUGAAUCAGGGGCUGGAUCCCAGGACUUUGGGGGCUCUGACUGAUGCCCCCUGAAGUCUGUUCUGAGUCUGGGAGUCUUCCAUUCUAAGAGGCAAAGCAAACAUCCAGAAGGACAGCAGGAUGGGUGCCAGGUACAUAGUAGGCAUGCUGGAAAUCAUAUGGAGUGUCAGGUGCACACGGUGGCUUAUUCAGGUUUGGGACUGAAGGAGGUUGACUUAGGGGGAAAGAGCAUUAGCAUAGCAGAGGAAGUAGUACUCUUCUAGACUGCCACCCUCCCCUUCCUGUAACGCCUGCAGCCACACUGAAGGCCACCCAGAUGGCCAUGCGAGGGCCCUUUCCUCUUUCAGUGUAAAGAAAAAGGAAAGGACAUUUUUGGUAGAAAAGUCCCUUCUGCUCCCUGGGAAUCCCCUGUGGCAGGAUGGACUUCGGGAUAUACCAGAGGAAACUGAAGUCCAGGGCCCACCCUGUCACCCUAGCACAAUGCAGCCAGCUUCUCUUACACUACACAGCUGACCUAUGGGGUUUCCAGAGAACAUCUUAUCGGGUCCCUGUUCCCUGGAGGGCCUUCAAAAGCCUCUGUCCCUUCUGUAAUAGUCGACAGUAAGUCCUGCAAGAACUUGUUUGGAGCCAGGCUACACCUGCAAGGUUCAAAGACAGCAGGGAGGAAACUAAAUAUAAGGAAAGGUAUGUGGGGCUGCAAAGAGGGCAGGGGAGAAGUACUAAAGUAGUCCACAAAAGAUCAGACACUGACCGGCGGUGGUGGCGCGGGAGGCAGAGGCAGGCGGAUCUCUGUGAGUUCGAGGCCAGCCUGGUCUCCAGAGCGAGUUCUAGGACAGCCUCCAAAGUCACAGAGAAACCCCGUCUCGGGAAAAAAAAAAAGUAGACAGUUAGGGGAUGAGUGUUUCUAUGAGGUAAAGAAUUACCUCAAGGCUGACAGCUAAUAGGAAAAUGAUGUGUUGGAAAGUCAGAACCAUUUUAUGGGUCCUGAUCACCUGUUUCCCCUGCCUUUGUCCCUGGCAGGGCAUCUUCAGGUCCCUGGACCUAGACAUCCUCCUCUACUAGGCCUGGCCAUGGCACUGUGUCUGAAGCAGGUGUUUGCUAAGGACAAGACUUUCCGGCCCCGGAAGCGCUUUGAGCCUGGCACACAGCGCUUUGAGCUGUAUAAGAAGGCUCAAGCCUCACUCAAGUCUGGCCUGGACCUUCGAAGUGUGGUGAGGCUGCCACCUGGUGAGAGCAUCGAUGACUGGAUCGCUGUGCAUGUGGUGGACUUCUUCAACCGCAUCAACCUCAUCUAUGGCACCAUGGCUGAGCACUGCAGUGAGGCCAGCUGUCCGGUCAUGGCUGGUGGGCCUCGCUAUGAGUACCGCUGGCAGGAUGAGCGCCAGUACCGAAGGCCUGCCAAGCUCUCAGCACCCCGCUAUAUGGCAUUACUCAUGGACUGGAUUGAGGGUCUCAUCAAUGAUGAGGAUGUCUUUCCUACACGUGUUGGAGUUCCCUUCCCCAAGAACUUCCAGCAGGUCUGCACCAAGAUCCUGACCCGACUCUUCCGAGUCUUUGUGCAUGUCUACAUCCACCACUUUGAUAGCAUCCUCAGCAUGGGGGCGGAGGCACAUGUCAACACCUGCUAUAAGCACUUUUACUACUUCAUCCAAGAGUUCAGCCUGGUGGACCAGAGGGAACUCGAGCCACUGAGGGAGAUGACAGAACGGAUCUGUCACUGAGUCCAGGUCUGGAUGUUGUUGCCUAUCAACUGGACCAUCACAGUGUAGCAUGGAGAGGGAAUCCUUAGGAGCCUGUUGGUAAAGCAAUCUGAAGGCCUGUAGGACCCCUCUAUAUACCCAACACCUCUGGACUUCUCAGAAGUCUGCCUGUGUAUCCCAGAUUGUGUGGAGAAGGGGGGGGCUUCAAGUGGGCAACAGGAGGAAAGGAGGAGUUUAGCCCCUCACAUGAAGUCCAAGAGUAGGGUAAGCUACCAGGUCUCUGCUCUGAUACCACCUUACCAUGGUGGGUCCAAAUCCAUUUGGGGAAUGUGGAUGUGGCUGAAGUGAUGGCAAGAAAAUUAUAAGAGAGUGAGUGCCUGUAUCUGAGCAAGCAGGUAGGUGUGUGUGUGUGUGUGUGUGUGUGUGUGUGUGUGUGUGUGUGUGUGUGUAUGUAUGUUGGGGGGGUUGUUGAUUGUGGGAUUUGUCUGAGAGAUCCAGGUCCUUCCUGGCACAUGUUGGAUGGAUGGAUGGAUGGAUGGAUGGAUGGAUGGAUGGUGGAUAGAUAGGCGGGCUGACUGUAAGUCCAUGACCCCUAUAGGAGUAAUGACAGCUUAUUGCUCCAACUCAACUCUGACCAUAGGUACAAGUGUACAGAAUGUGCAGGUAUAUGGAAUUGUACCUUUGAAUCUUCUAGACUACCAUUUUCUAUCUUGAACUGGAACUCAAGAUACUUCAGUCUCACACCCUGAACCCACUGACCUGACUGAAGGCUGGCACAAAAUAGCCCUCUUGACAAAGAGAGCAACUGGAACUUGAAUUGGGGAAUCUGGAGUCUUUUUCCCUAUCUCAGGACACUGAGGAUCAUGUAGCUGGUGGAGACCUUCCCAUCCUAAAAAUACCUGCCUCCAUCCAACCACCCAGAGACAUCCCACCUACUUGGAUCUCUGAGCACAGUAUCCAGAGAGGCUGGGAUGCUCUUUCAGUAGCCAUUACUCAGUUAUUCCAUGCUGAGCCCUGUGCACAGACUCACAGGUAGGGAAACCAUGGCAGAAACAGGCUUCUGCCCUCCCAGAGCUUUUAUCCUGAGAAGCCAGGACGGAGAACAAGAAGUCACAUUAAGAAUCCCAUGUGUUUCUCGGUAUGGAGAGGAGGAAACUGAAACUGGAGGCUUUUGUGAAGCUGUGUAAAAGCCAAGGCUCUUGACUUCUCCUCUAGGGCCUGCUGAUUGUGACACUGAGAUGCAUGUGAAAAUGGGGUUUGUCAGCCACUCUCCAGGACACAACUACUCCUGCUUUGAGCAGUGAUUUCUAGCCUGAUGCCAGAGAGCCCACCACCCCUGGGUUGGCUCGAGUUGACUGCUGAGACAAUCGUCCAAAACCAGAUCUGUUUUUAUGACCUAGGAACUGCCUGCCCUCCAGAGAAACAGCUGGGGAGCUCUAGACUAGCAGGACCUGGAACUUCUGUCUCUGCUGGCUCCAGAAAAGACAAGGGGGGCAUGCCACCAUGUAGCUUUGGCAGUGGUUCAGAACUGAGGAAGGUAGGAAAUUCCCCACAGUGGGUUUGCAGAAUAUACUCUGGAAUCUAGGCUGUGAAAAGGGAUGAUGGGGGAGGGAAAUAUAUUUUUGUGAAAGAGGGAAGAUUUUGCUAUUUUUGGUAAAAUAAAAGACACAAACUACAGCAA